CCCUGUGUCCAGCCCCUGUUCCCCCAUGCCCCUGCAGCAGCAGUUGAGUUCUGCUGUUCACUGUAGUCCAGUGUCCCUCUGUAGUGUCCAUGUGGGUCUCCCAGCUGGAGCCCAUGAAGUGCUCACCAAAACCUCACUUGGCAGGCGGUACACCCGGUUUUUUGGCAGCAAAGGCGAUGCCGCUCCUGCACUGUCCCAUUACGCCCUGACACACUAUGAGGAGUGGGAGAGGAAGAUCGAUGCAUGGCAGAAUCCCAUCCUGGAGAACAGCCAGCUGCCUUCCUGGUACAAGUCAGCCCUGUUCAAUGAGCUCUACUUCAUGACGGAUGGGGGGACCAUCUGGAUGGAGGUGCCCCCUGAUUGCCGUGCCGAGGACCUGCAGGGGCCGGCAGGGGCGGGACUCUCCCACCUCCUCCCUGUCCUGCAGGAGUACGGAAGGUUUGCUUAUUUGGAAGGGAGCAGUGCUAUUCCCAGGGAAGCCCCUUGCAGCCCUGAUGGAUCUGGCAUGAAGUGUUCCCCAGAUCCCUGGUGCCCUAUUGACAACUGUGAAGCAGAUGAGCAUGGUGUGGUUGGCCAGGCCCCCAAGGCAAACCCCCAAGCAAUGGGGAAGGGGCUUGCACCAAGCCCAUCUCUGUCCGCCCAGGUUUUCCCCAAGAGCCAUGUUCUCAGUGCACUCAGGACCAUCUUCGAGAAGAACGUGCUGAGCUUCGCGGGCGGCACCAUGGGGGCCGUGAACGGCAUGAGACCCGACGGCGUGCCCGACACUUCCAGCGUCCAGUCCAACGAGGUGUGGAUCGGUGUGGUCUACUCCCUGGCUGCCACCAUGAUCCAGGAGGGCAUGGUGGAGGAAGGCUUCCGUACGGCGGAGGGCUGCUACCGGACGGUUUGGGAGCGGCUGGGCAUGGCUUUCCAGACGCCCGAGGCCUAUCGGGAGAAGAAGGUGUACCGCUCGCUGGCCUACAUGCGGCCCCUCAGCAUCUGGAGCAUGCAGCUGGCCCUGGAGCACCGGGCUGGCCGGGCAUCGGCACCGGCACCGCUCCCUCAGGGCCCCGCACACCCUUGAGCCUCGUGGUACUGGGCAGGGCACCGGGUGCACCACGGGCUGGGGGCGCUGCAGAUGGCAGACAGGGACCCUCCCCUCCCGCUCUGUGCUAGUGCUCACAUUGCUGUUUUCCUUCCCUACCUCCACUACAUGCCCUUGACCUCAGGGAGCUUGCAGCUGCUGAUGCUGAGCACAAGGGGGGGACCAGAGGUGCAGGGAUAUCUCAUCAGAGCAUGGUGGGUUAAGGAGUUGCUGCUGGAGCCUGUGCCUCCCCUUCCCCAUCGCUCAGAGCUCUGAUAGUCUGCAGGCUCCCCAGCCAUCCCAAACUGCAGCUGGUACCUUGUCCAGGGACACAGGAGACCUCUCUCCUGCAGUCAUUGGGCUGGGUAGAGUGGGGACCUGUCCUGCACGGGAAAAAGGGUGUGGGUGAAUGUGUGUGUGAGGAUAUUGGACUGGUGCACUCAGGCACGUGGAUGCUGUAGCUGUCCUGGGGUGACACUGCACAUAGUGACUGGCUCUGCCCAGGGGGGCCUGUGGCAGAUACAAUCCCCAGGGGAGACCCGGCUCCCUGGAUGUGACAAUCUGAGCCCAAGAAGCAGGUCCUGGUCUGGUACCAUGGCCCCCCUCCCUGCUGGUGCCGGGGGCAGGCAGUGGAGAACAUUUAAGGGGAUAAAUCACUUCAAUUCUUAAUAAAUCUGUCCAGCUGUCUACUCCUAUUCU